AUGAAUGUGGAAAAGAAAAAGAAAACUAGUUGGAAGGAUUUCGUAGGCACACGCGAGGGGCAUUUGUCACGUCGGCGUUCGGGCUCCUGUCCGCACCAACAGGGUCGGUCAAUCGGGGCCCUGUUGCCCUUGUCGGCUGAAAACAAUGAAGACGGAUUGGAUUUUCCAGGGCGGACGAGGACUAAGGAUAAGUACCGAGUCGUGUACUCCGACCAACAGCGACUGGAACUCGAGAAGGAAUUCCACUUCAACAGAUACAUCACGAUUCGCCGCAAGUCGGAGAUCGCCAACUCACUCGGCCUCUCAGAACGACAGGCUAAUGCGGUUUCCGUUUACGACUUCAAUAAGGAGAAGUAA